AUGGAGGCCGACUGGGAUGAGCUGGCGCGCAUCGCGGUGCCACCGCCCAGUUCGCAUGCCAUGCCAACGAUAGCGACCACGGUGGCAUUCGAUGAUGUUAUGGAACUACUGUGGACAGGGAAUGAAUAUGGCCGAAUCACCUCUUUCAACGGGCCAGAUCUGCAACGAUACACUUCCGUUCGAGCACACCCCGUCUCCGAUGGCGCGGUGCGUCAGAUUUUGUUCCAUGAGAGAGGCGUGAUAUCUAUUUCGUCCAAGAGCGUGCAUAUGAUCACUCGACGCGGCCUGACGCAAUGGCAUCUCACGAACGACGAGAUGCUCGAUCUUCGCUGCAUGAGUUUCACGGCGCAGACGAAUCGGAUUCUCGUUGCGGGCUGCCAGCGUGUGAUGUUCACAGUGGACAUUGACAAGGGCGUCAUCGUCGACAGGCUGCCCACUGACUGCAACUACACCAUUAUGAAAAAGAGCCGGUACCUCUGCGCUGCGACGGAUACGGGAUCGGUCAAUGCUUUGAGCCUGUCGGAUUUUAGUAUCGUCAAGACCUGGAAGGCUCAUGGUACUGCGGUAAAUGAUAUGGAUGCUCGGAAUGAUUUGCUGGUCACCUGCGGCUUUUCCGUCCGCCAUCUCGGUUCCCCGAUUGUUGAUCCUUUGGCGAACGUGUAUGACCUGAAGACGUUGGCACCACUACCUCCGAUCCCUUUCCAUGCUGGAGCGGCCUAUGUGCGAAUGCACCCCAAGCUCAGCACCACUAGUUUUGUGGCCUCGCAAACCGGCCAGCUGCAGGUGGUGGACCUCAUGAAUCCCAACUCCGUCAAUCUCCGCCAGGCCAAUGUUUCUCUCAUGCUCGGCAUCGAGCUUUCGCCCUCAGGUGAAGCCCUGGCAAUCAAUGACGCAGAAUGCUCGAUACACCUGUGGGGAUCGCCGACUAAGAUCCAUUUCAACGAGAUGAGUAAAGAAGCAGAGUUUGCCGAUGUGCCUACACGACCUCCACCAAUUGAUUGGACCCCCGAUACUCCGUUGAGCAUGAUUGGGAUGCCUUACUACCAUGACCGUCUGCACUCUGCCUGGCCGAGCCACCUCGUUUUCGAAGUGGGCAGUCCCCCUGCUCCUCUGGACCAGGCGAUGAUCCCUUACCUGCGACAGGCAGAGAUGGGCCACCACGCGCCAAAUCUCAGAAAGACUCGUCGGUAUCAGGUUGAGAAUACCCGCGCCAUGGCCACGGCGGAACCAGCACUUAUUGCGCCGAAGUUCCUAAGCGAAAAAGCUCGGGAUCAAAGCAAAGGGACGUCAGAGGGCUCUGUUACUGAUGUGGCUCAAGCUCUGGCCGGGGCAAAAAUCAACGGCGAAAGCGAGGAUGAUCCUCUCCUCAAAUACAGUAACGUGGAGAUCAAGUAUAGUCGGUUCGGGGUGGAUGAUUUUGAUUUCCGUUUCUAUAACCAAACCUCAUUCUCUGGCCUUGAAACCCACAUUGCCAACUCCUUCACCAACUCCCUUCUCCAACUUUUGAAAUUUAUCCCCCUCGUCCGAAAUCUCGCUCUACAACAUGCGGCUGGUUCUUGUAUCUUUGAGCAUUGUCUCCUAUGUGAAUUGGGAUAUCUAUUCGACAUGUUGGAAAAGGCCAAUGGGCAGAACUGCCAGGCAACGAACUUGUUGAAAACAUUCAGCAGCUUCCGAGAGGCAUCCACCCUAGGCUUGCUCGAGGAAAAUCUCACCAACAAAUCCAUGUCACAAGCAAUACAAUCCGUCAAUCGGUUUUUCUUGACCCAGAUUGCCCACGACUUCCGGAUGACCCAACCCAACUCAGAAGAGCUUGACCAGCGCCUCGCAACAAUAGCCUCCGAGUCCAUCCGGUGCAUGUUCUGCCAGAAUGAGAUCGUGCGGCCUGGGAACUCGCUGGCGAAUGAGCUCAUCUACCCCAACAUGGACAUCAAACACGCACGCCGCAACUCUGCAUUCCGCUUCUCCAACAUCUUGCGCGCGAGUAUCGAGCGUGAAACACAGAACCGCGGCUGGUGCAACUAUUGUCGACGGUAUCAGCAGGUGAUGAUCAGGAAGACGGUACAUCGCAUGCCGCUAGUCCUCAUGCUCAACGCUGCCUUGACGAAUCCCAUCUGUCGUCGUCUGUGGGCAAUCCCGGGAUGGUUGCCCGAGGCAGUGGGCAUUUUGAUCGAUGGUGCGCAAGUCAUGUGCUUUGAGGGAGAAGAUCUUCGUUUACGGAUGCAGAACAACACACCUGGGCUUCUGGUGUACGACCUGGUUGGCCUGGUCGCCGAGGUUGAUAUCCCGGAGCACCAGAAGUCCCACCUGGUGUCUUUUAUUAAUGUCUCCAUUUCUGCUCGUGAAGCCCAGGAACAGAGCAGGUGGCACUUGUUCAAUGACUUUUUGGUCACGGAGGUUGAUCGGGAGGAAGCGCUUGGUUUCACUCAGCCUUGGAAACAGCCCUGUGUUUUGUCUUACCAGGCCAGAGAUGCACGCCAUACGGUCGAUGACUCGUGGAAAAAUUCGCUCGACACUACUUUGUUGUUCCGCGAGUGGUCUCUGAAUGGUGGCCGUCCUGUUGAUACGUGCCAUACCCUGACUGAAGAGGAGAAGCCCGCACCGGGCACACCCGUCGCCUUGGACACUGAAUUUGUUGAUCUCGAAAAGGCUGAGAUCAAUGUCAAGGCAGAUGGAUCCCAGGAAAUCGUGCGGCCCAACAAAAGCGGACUGGCUCGGGUCUCGGUGUUGCGAGGGUCAGGCAUCGAUGAGGGAGUCCCCUUUAUCGACGACUACAUUACGAUCAGAGAGCCGAUCGUCGACUAUGUCACGCAGUACUCUGGUAUCAAGCCUGGUGAUCUGGACCCGCGGACCAGCGAGCAUAACUUGGUUCCACUCAAGGCAGCAUACAAGAAGCUAUGGCUGCUCCUGAAUCUGGGAUGUGUCUUCGUCGGCCACGGCCUAGCGUCCGACUUCCGCAAGAUCAACAUGCAAGUACCCAAGUCCCAAACCGUGGACACGCAGUACCUUUUCUUCCACCCGGGCAAGAACCGCCGUUUGAGUCUGCGAUACCUAGCCUGGGCCGUGUUUAAGGAAUACAUCCAAGAAGAGCCAACAUCUGAUACAGUGCACGGCCACGAUUCCAUUGAAGACGCCCGCAUGGCUCUGCGUCUGUGGAAGAAGUUCCAGGAGUACGAGGAUGCGGGCAUCGUGGCUCAGAUGCUCGAAGAGAUCUUCCGCGAAGGCUCCAAGCUCGGCUUCCGCCCGCCUCCUAGAAACGGCACCGCCGCUGUGCUCUCCCGCCCGGGCACUGCAGUGACCAUGCAGAAUGAUAGCGGCCGAAAUACACCCAGCACCCCCGAAGUUAGUGCUGCGGCGGCGGCAUCGGCAGCAGCAGCAUCUGCAGCCGCUGCAGCCGCCGCCGCUGCGAAUGCCGCCCCGACCAGCGCCCCUACUACACCCCGCCAGGCAUUCCGGCGCUCCAUCGCCCUCACACCGAGUAAUGGGAGCUUCAGCGGACCUGGAGCAGGCGAUUUUUUUGGUGAGAGUCCAUUGCGAUAG